AUGGAGCCCUGGGCCCCUGCCCAGCCACCGCAACCGUGGGAGAGGCAGGCAGCCCGUGGGGCAUGGGGAGAGGCCUCGUAUGGUCCCCCACCCCAGACUAGGAGGCAGCUGAUCCGUGCAGGGCACCCACCUCGGCCUGGCUCCUGGGAUGGGAGCCACCUCCCCAGCCACCAGCCCUGGGAAGAGGGCCACCACACCCGAAGGGACAUGCACAAUCAGGCUUCCCGGGCCAGCUACCACGAGAGCACCUACUCCAACAGGCCAGGUGCCAAGCAAGGAUAUGAGGAUGUCCACUGGCAGUAUCCAGCAGCCAGUUAUGGGGAUAACUACGUCUACCAAAGCCACCAGUGGCAGCCAGUGGUCUGGCGGGAUGACAGAGACCCAAGACAGGGAGAGCAUUACGGCAAGAGUGCCAGUUAUCGAGACCAGCACUACUACAGGGGUUUCCACCCCAGUCUGGUCUCCAACACCCCAGGGCAAGACAGGACACAGAGCUCUGACUCCCACAAGGAGAGAUACAUCUCAGCUGGCCGGUCUGAGCGGCCUAGGGGAGAAACCCUCAGCCAGGAUUCAGGGGAAGCCAGUGGCCAGCCUCAAGAGUCCUCGGGCCAGCCCAGUCUGCUCCUGCAGUACCACAGUCCUCGGGCCAGCCCAGUCAGCUCCAGCAGCUAUGAGCUCAGCCAGUACAUCCAUGAUGGCUCUGACCACUAUGACCCCACACUUUCAGGGACCUGGAGCCCAGCACAAGCAGGGGGGCCUUUGGUGUCUCCCCCGAUCCCAGUGGUACCCAAGUUCUCACAGCCACACGUGGCGGUGUGCUUUGGAGCUGGAGGCCAGCUGGUGCUGGUGUGUCCUCACCACCCUGUCGAGGGGCAGCCAGCCUACGUCGAGCUACACAGCCUGGAGGUAAUCCUUCAUGACACAAAGGAGCUGGAGGAGCUGCAGGCAUUCCCAGGACCCCUGGCCAGGGAAGAUUUGCACAAGGUGGAUGUGAUGACGUUUUGCCAGCAGAAGAUAGCCAUGAGCUGUGAUCUCUCAACACAGAAAGGCAGAGAUUCAGCUCUUCUCUGGAAACUCCUGCUCCUCCUCUGCCGGCAGAAUGGGUCCAUGGUGGGCUCAGACACAGCUGAGCUGUUGAUGCAAGACUGCAGGCGUGAGAAGUACAAGAGGCAAAGCCCUGCAGCAAACCUGGUUGGCCUGACAGAUGACGAGUUGAUGUCGCGUCAGCCAGGGACAUUGGACCUCAUCACAGGGGAGGUCCCUCCGGUCGUGGAAACGCAGGAACAGAUCGUAGAGAAAUUCACCAAACUCCUCUACUAUGGCAGGAAGAAAGAUGCUCUGGUCUGGGCUAUGAGAAACCAUCUGUGGGGCCAUGCCCUCUUCCUCUCCAGCAAGAUGGAUCCUCGGACCUACAGCUGGGUGCUCACUGGGUUCACCAGCACGCUGGCCACCAAUGACCCACUGCAGACCCUCUUCCAGCUCAUGUCAGGAAGGAUGCCUCAGGCAGCACUGUGCUGUGGGGAUGCCACAUGGGGAGACUGGAGGCCCCACCUGGCUGUGAUGUUGUCCAACAAGGCUGGAGACAUGGAGCUGAACAACCGGGCCAUUGUCACCAUGGGAGACACUUUGGCUGGCAAGGGAGCAGUUGAAGCAGCUCAUUUCUGCUACCUGAUGGCAGAUAUUCCUUUUGGUUACUUUGGGUCGAAGGCAGACCGCAUGGCUCUGCUGGGCAGCAGCCACCGACAGAGCUUUGCCCAGUUUGCCAGGACAGAGGCCAUCCAGCGGACGGAGAUCUUUGAGUACGUUCAGCAGCUGCGACAGCCCAAAUCCUUCCUGCUCCCCUUCCAGGUGUACAAACUCCUCUACGCCUCUCGCUUGGCUGACCACGGUCUCCCAGCCCAGGCCCUGCAAUACUGUGAGCAGAUUGCCACUGUGCUUCUGGGCCAGGACCUGGCCAGCCACCCUGUCCUGGCCCAGCAAGUGAUGAAGCUAUCCGAGCGGCUGAAGCUCUCCGACCCUCUGCUCCUGGAGAUGCCAGAGCAGGACCAGACCCUGGAGCCUGACUGGCUGUUACAGCUCCGUGCCUUCUGCCAGGAGUGGGAGGUAGAAGAUGACCUUUCUCAGAAGGAAGCACCUGCUCAGCUAGAGCUCUCCUGGACUGCUACAUCAACAGCAGAUGAAGAGCCUGGCCAAGAGCUUCCACAGACUGAAGACUACCAGUAUGACCAGUGGUAUGAGCCCAUGCCACUCCAGGGACCCAGCUCCCAUCAGGAUGUGUCUCUCCGGCACCCAGCACUCACUCAGGUGACAGCAUCACCACUGCUUGGUGUAGAGCAAGAGCUGCAGCCCUCAACACCUGGCCCAGGGACGGCCACCCCUCCAGGAGGUGUUUUUGUUGAGCCCUGUCCACAGGUGGUGCCACCAGCAGGAGAAGCGGCAGAGUCCUGGGGUGUGCCAUCAUCCUCUGGGGGUGUGCAGCCUCCCCUCCCAACAGAGCAGGAGGAGUUAAAGGCAAGGGCUCGGACCAUGUCAGAGAGCUCCACUGUCUCCUUGGACAGCCGGCCAUCCUCAGAGAGUGCAGCUGAAGACACUGCCGAAGAGUCGGCAGCAGCAGAGGAGAAGCCAGAUGAGGAUAAGAGCUCUGGAUUCAGGUGGUUUGGCUGGUUUCGUUCGAAGCCCUCCAAGGAAACCUCUCCCAAAGCCACACCUGAGACAGCUCCAGACUCCUCCACUUCAGCACAACAGGAAUGGAUGUCGCCAGCCCCGCCUGAUGCCCCUCCCACCGCUGCAACCAGCCUUUUGGCUCCUCUUCCCCCCAGAAACCUCGGAGGAAUGGAAGGUGAAAAUACCUUUGCUGCUAACCCAGUGCCCACUGAGGUGAGAGACUCUUGGGAAGUCGAUGGUGGGGAGUCAGGAAGGCAGACCAGCUUCCACAGACCUCCACCACCAGUGGGGACAAUCCCCCUCUUCAACCCUGUCCAGUUCUCUCAGCUUACUGCCACUGCUCGACCCACCCAACCCAAGAGGCUUUCCCAGCGGCGCUACCCCAAUGCCUUGUGA